AUGGAGAUAAGUCCUUACAGUACUUCCAAGAGAACAACACACUUGAAGAAGUUGAUCAACCAAAAUAACUAUAUUGUUCAUGAAGCUUCACCCAUAGACAUGAUUCCUACAUCAUCAAUCAAUCAUCAAACAUCUUCAGAUAAUUCUAGUGAAACAUGUCAUCACGAUCAAGAUGGUAAAUGGUCGUCCAAACUUCUCAAAGAGUGUGCAAUAGCAAUAUCUAAUAGAGAUUCAUCCAAAAUCCACCAUCUUCUUUGGAUGUUAAAUGAGUUAUCUUCACCUUAUGGUGAUAUUGAUCAAAAACUAGCUUCCUAUUUUCUACAAGCUCUUUUCUCCAAGGCAACACAAUCUGGUCACAAGUGUUACAAAACUCUCUCUUCAAUUGCUUCCAAAAACCACUCUUUUGAUUCUGCAAGAAAAUUGAUACUCAAGUUUCAAGAGGUGAGUCCAUGGACAACUUUUGGACAUGUUGCAUCAAAUGGUGCUAUUUUGGAAGCUUUAGAAGGAGAGAAAAAGCUUCAUAUAAUUGAUAUUAGUAACACACUUUGUACUCAAUGGCCUACUCUUCUAGAAGCUUUAGCUACAAGAAAUGAUGAAACACCUCAUCUUAAGCUCACAAUUGUUGUCACAAGCAAAAACUCUAGUGAUGUUGUUAUGAAGGAAGUUGGUCAAAGAAUGGAGAAAUUUGCUAGGUUAAUGGGAGUACCUUUUGAAUUGAAUGUUAUUAGUGGUUUGAAACAUCUAAGAGAAUUAACAAAAGAGAGAUUAGGGUUGAAGAAGGAUGAAGCAAUAGCUUUGAAUUGUGUUGGAGCAUUGAGAAGAGUUCAAGUAGGAGAAAGAGAAAGCUUGAUUAAGUUUUUCAAAUCACUUUGUCCUAGAGUUAUAACAUUUGUUGAGGAAGAAGGUGAUUUUGUUAGUGAUGAUUUUGUUAAAUGCUUUGAAGAGUGUCUCAAGUUCUAUACACUUUAUUUUGAGAUGUUGGAGGACAGUUUUCCUUCAACAAGUAAUGAAAAGUUGAUGUUGGAAAGGGAAUGUUCAAGAAGCAUUGUUAGGGUUUUGGCUUGUGAUAGUGAAUUUGAUCAUGAUAAUGAUGAUGAAGAAGGUGGUGAUGAUUGUGAUAAAAGAGAGAGAGCAAAACAAUGGUUUCAAAGACUAAAGAAUGAAUUUUCACCUUUUGGAUUUAGUGAUGAUGUUGUAGAUGAUGUCAAAGCUUUGCUAAAAAGGUAUCAAACUGGUUGGUCACUUGUUGUGCCUCAAGGUGAUGAUAAUAUCUCAGGAAUUUACUUGACAUGGAAGGAUGAACAAGUUGUUUGGGCAUCAACAUGGAAACCCUAG